AGCCCGGAGCAGCCAGCAGCGAGAGCGCGGCGGAUACGGAGCGGCGGUUUCCUGUCUGUGGUGCUGGUGCACAUGAGAUCACAGUGAGAUCUGUGCAGACUGCUGUCUGCCCCCUUUCCCCCACCACAACAGCCCGGUCUGUCCCAUCUGCCACCAUGGCUUUUGUGCCCGCACCCAGCCCCACUGUGGUCGACCAGACUACACUUAUGAAGAAAUACCUGCAGUUUGUGGCAGCACUCACAGACGCUAACACACCUGAUGAAACUAAGCUAAAGAUGAUGCAGGAGGUCAGCGAGAACUUUGAGAAUGUGACAUCUUCGCCUCAGUACUCCACCUUCUUGGAACACAUAAUCCCUCGCUUCCUCACGUUUCUUCAGGAUGGAGAGGUUCAAUUCCUCCAAGAAAAACCUACACAGCAAUUGAGAAAGCUGGUGCUGGAAAUCAUCCACCGCAUUCCAACAAAUGAACACCUUCGCCCACACACCAAGAACAUCCUGUCUGUCAUGUUCCGCUUCCUAGAGAUUGAAAGUGAGGAAAAUGUGCUGAUAUGCCUUCGCAUCAUUAUUGAGCUGCACAAACAGUUCCGGCCUCCAAUCUCUCAGGAGAUUCAUCACUUUCUAGACUUUGUGAAGCAGAUUUACAAAGACCUUCAGAAAGUUGUUCUCAGGUACUUUGAGAACCCGCAGGUGAUAGCAGAGAACACGGUUCCCUCCCCAGAAAUGGUAGGGAUGAUCACGUCGGUGUUGGUCAAGACUGCACCUGAGAGGGAAGACAGCGAAACACGAACACACACCAUCAUCCCACGGGGGUCCUUGUCUCUCAAAGUGCUGGCAGAGCUGCCUAUCAUAGUGGUGCUGAUGUAUCAGCUAUAUAAGCUGAACAUUCACAAUGUGGUGUCAGAGUUUGUACCCCUCAUCAUGAACACCAUCGUGCUCCAGGUGUCACCACAGGCCAGGCAACACAAGCUUUAUAACAAGGAGUUGUAUGCAGACUUCAUUGCUGCGCAGAUCAAGACUCUGUCAUUUCUAGCCUACAUCAUCCGAAUCUACCAGGACCUGGUAGGGAAGUACUCUCAGCAGAUGGUAAAGGGCAUGCUGCAGCUGCUGACCAACUGCCCCUCUGAGACUGCUCACCUCCGCAAGGAACUGCUUAUUGCAGCCAAGCACAUCCUUACAACGGACCUACGUAGCCAGUUUAUACCUUGUAUGGACAAACUUUUCGAUGAAUCCAUCCUGAUCGGUUCUGGUUACACUGCUCGGGAGACUCUUAGACCCUUGGCCUACAGCACACUAGCAGACCUGGUGCACCACGUUCGUCAGAACUUGCCCCUGACAGAUUUAUCCCUAGCUGUGCAGCUCUUCGCCAAGAACAUUGAUGACGAGUCACUUCCCAGUAACAUCCAGACAAUGUCCUGCAAGCUGCUGCUUAACCUGGUAGACUGCAUCCGGUCAAAGUCGGAGCAAGAGAACGGCAAUGGACGAGACAUCCUGAUGAGGAUGCUGGAGGUGUUUGUGCUGAAGUUUCACACCAUUGCACGGUACCAGCUUGUCUCCAUCUUCAAAAAGUGCAAGCCUCAGUCAGAGAUGGGUGUGGUCGACCCGGGGGUGUUACCCGGGGUACCAGCCACACCCACCCCAUCCACCACCCCCGCCCUUCCACCUCCCGCUCCUGCUACGCCCGUUGCCGCGCCGCCUCCACCCCCAACAACGUCCUUUGACCGAACUGGUGAGAAGGAAGACAAGCAGACCUUUCAGGUGUCGGACUGCCGCAGCUUAGUCAAGACUCUGGUGUGCGGCGUAAAGACAAUUACUUGGGGCAUCACCUCUUGCAAGGCCCCAGGAGAGGCUCAAUUCAUUCCUAACAAGCAGCUUCAGCCAAAGGAGACACAGAUCUACAUUAAGCUGGUAAAAUACGCCAUGCAGGCCUUGGACAUCUACCAGGUUCAGGUUGCCAAUAACCAGCAGACGUACAUCAGGGUGGCCAACUGUCAGACUGUACGCAUGAAGGAGGAGAAGGAAGUUCUGGAGCACUUUGCCGGGGUCUUCACCAUGAUGAACCCCCUCACAUUCAAGGAGAUUUUUCAGACAACUGUGCCGUACAUGGUGGAGAGGAUCUCGAAGAACUACGCACUGCAGAUUGUGGCAAAUUCUUUCCUGGCCAACUUGUCAACGUCUGCUCUAUUUGCCACCAUCCUAGUAGAGUAUCUUCUUGAGAGACUACCAGAGAUGGGCUCCAAUGUUGAGCUCUCAAACCUUUACCUCAAACUCUUCAAACUAGUAUUUGGCUCUGUGUCACUGUUUGCUGCUGAAAAUGAGCAGAUGCUCAAGCCACACCUCCACAAGAUUGUGAACAGCUCCAUGGAGCUGGCCCAGUCAGCUAAGGAACCCUACAACUACUUCCUGCUUCUCCGGGCUCUCUUCCGCUCCAUUGGUGGAGGCAGUCAUGAUCUGCUCUACCAGGAGUUCCUACCCCUUCUACCUAACCUGCUGCAAGGUCUGAACAUGCUGCAGAGUGGCCUUCACAAACAGCACAUGAAGGAUCUAUUUGUGGAGUUGUGUUUGACGGUGCCAGUGCGUCUGAGCUCCUUGCUGCCGUACUUACCCAUGCUCAUGGAUCCGCUGGUGUCUGCCCUCAAUGGCUCUCAGACUCUGGUCAGCCAGGGCCUUCGCACCCUGGAGCUGUGUGUGGACAACCUUCAGCCUGACUUCCUCUACGACCACAUUCAGCCUGUUAGGGCCGAGCUCAUGCAGGCCUUGUGGCGUACCCUCCGUAACCCGGCUGAGAGCAUCUCUCAUGUAGCCUACCGGGUGUUGGGAAAGUUCGGUGGCAGCAACAGGAAGAUGCUGAAGGAGUCUCAGAGGCUGCAUUAUGUGGUGACUGAGGUCCAAGGACCUAGCAUCAAGGCCGAAUUCACUGACUGCAAGGCGUCCAUACAGCUACCUAUGGAGAAGGCGAUAGAGACCGCUCUAGACUGUCUGAAGAGUGCCAACACCGAGCCCUACUACAGACGACAGGCCUGGGAGGUCAUUAAGUGUUUCCUGGUGGCCAUGACCAGCCUGGAUGACAACAAGCAUGCUCUCUACCAGCUUCUGUCUCAUCCCAACUUCGCUGAAAAGUGGAUCCCCAAUGUCAUCAUCUCUCACCGCUACAAAGCACAAGACACGCCUGCCCGCAGAACUUUUGAACAGGCCCUGACUGGGGCAUUCAUGUCUGCUGUGAUAAAGGACCUGAGGCCCAGCGCACUGCCCUUCGUGGCCAGCCUGAUUCGCCAUUAUACCAUGGUCGCUGUGGCUCAGCAGUGUGGUCCGUUCCUGCUGCCGAGCUACCAGCUGGGCAGCCAGCCAAGCACAGCCAUGUUCCACAGUGAGGAGAACGGCUCAAAGGGCAUGGAUCCGCUGGUUCUGAUUGAUGCCAUAGCUAUCUGCAUGGCCUACGAGGAGAAGGAGCUUUGUAAGAUUGGAGAAGUGGCCCUGGCCGUCAUUUUCGACGUCGCCAGCAUCAUUCUUGGCUCCAAGGAGAGGGCAUGCCAGCUGCCCCUGUUCUCCUACAUUGUGGAGCGACUGUGCGCCUGCUGCUAUGAGCAGGCCUGGUAUGCCAAGCUCGGCGGCGUGGUGUCCAUUAAGUUCCUAAUGGAGAGACUGCCUCUGAUCUGGGUGCUACAGAACCAGCUCACCUUCCUCAAGGCCCUGCUCUUUGUCAUGAUGGACCUCACAGGAGAGGUGUCAAAUGGAGCAGUAGCCAUGGCUAAGACCACCCUGGAGCAGUUGCUUGUGCGCUGUGCCACUCCACUGAAAGAUGAAGAAAAGACUGAGGAGCUUCUGGCUGCCCAGGACAAGUCUUUCCAUAUGGUCACGCAUGACCUGGUCCGAGAGGUCACCUCCCCCAACUCAACCGUCAGAAAGCAGGCCAUGCACUCCCUGCAGGUGCUAGCCCAGGUCACCGGCAAGAGCGUAACUGUCAUCAUGGAACCACACAAAGAGGUGUUGCAAGAUAUGGUUCCCCCCAAGAAACACCUGCUCCGCCACCAGCCUGCCAACGCCCAGAUCGGCCUGAUGGAGGGCAACACCUUCUGCACCACCCUGCAGCCCCGCCUCUUUACUAUGGACCUCAAUGUCAUGGAGCACAAGGUCUUCUACACAGAGCUGUUGAACCUGUGUGAGGCAGAGGAUGCUGCUCUGAUGAAGCUGCCCUGUUAUAAGAGCCUUCCCUCACUGGUUCCCCUCCGCAUCGCUGCUCUUAAUGCCCUUGCAGCUUGUAACUACUUGCCACAGUCCAGAGAGAAGAUCAUUGCUGCCCUGUUUAAAGCCCUCAACUCCACCAACAAUGAACUGCAGGAAGCGGGCGAGGCAUGUAUGAGGAAGUUCCUGGAAGGCGCAACCAUUGAGGUGGACCAGAUCCACACUCACAUGCGGCCCCUACUGAUGAUGCUGGGUGACUACCGCAGCCUGACGCUCAACGUGGUGAACCGCCUAACCUCCGUCACACGGCUUUUCCCCAACUCCUUCAAUGACAAGUUCUGUGAUCAGAUGAUGCAACACCUGAGGAAGUGGAUGGAAGUGGUUGUAAUAACACACAAGGGAGGCCAGCGCAGUGAUGGCAGUCCUGCGUUGGAGGGCGUUGAGGAGAUGAAGAUCUGUUCUGCCAUCAUUAACCUUUUCCACCUGAUCCCAGCCGCACCUCAGACUCUGGUCAAACCUCUGCUGGAGGUGGUCAUGAAGACCGAGAGGGCCAUGCUCAUAGAGGCCGGCAGUCCAUUCAGGGAGCCUUUGAUCAAGUUCCUGACACGUCACCCAUCUCAGACAGUGGAGCUGUUCAUGAUGGAGGCUACGCUGAACGACCCCCAGUGGAGCCGCAUGUUCAUGAGUUUUCUGAAACACAAAGAUGCCAAGCCCCUAAGAGACGUGCUGGCUUCUAAUCCCAACCGCUUCGUCCCCCUGCUGGUUCCCGCUGGCACUGCAGCAACUGUUCGACCUGGAUCUCCCUCCACCAACACAGCCAGAUUGGACCUGCAGUUUCAGGCUAUCAAGAUUAUCAGCAUCAUAGUGAAGAAUGAUGAGGGUUGGCUGGCAGGGCAGCACUCAUUGGUCAGCCAGCUGAGGCGAGUCUGGGUCAGUGAGGCCUUCCAGGAAAGGCAUCGCAAAGACAACAUGGCUGCCACCAACUGGAAGGAGCCGAAGCUGCUGGCCUACUGCCUGCUUAGCUACUGCAAGCGCAACUACUCAGAGAUCGAGCUGCUUUUCCAGCUGCUGCGGGCCUUCACAGGUCGCUUCUUAUGCAACAUGACCUUCCUGAAGGAGUAUAUGGAGGAGGAGAUUCCCAAGAACUACUCCAUUGCCCAAAAACGGGCCCUGUUCUUCCGCUUCGUUGAGUUCAAUGACCCACACUUCAAUGACGAGCUUAAAGCUAAGGUGUUGCAGCACAUCCUGAAUCUAGCCUUCCUGCACAGCUUUGAGAAGGGGGAAGGGGAGCAGCUUCUUGGACCGCCCAACCCUGAAGGAGACAAUCCUGAAAGCAUUACCAGUGUCUUCAUCACUAAGGUUCUGGACCCAGAGAAGCAGGCCGAUUUGCUGGACUCACUGCGAAUCUGCCUGCUGCAGUUCUCCACCCUGCUGGUGGAGCACGCACCGCACCACAUUCAUGACAAUAACAAGUCACGCAACAGCAAGCUGCGGCGCCUCAUGACCUUCGCCUGGCCAUGCCUACUGCCCAAAGCCUGCGUGGAUCCUGCCUGUAAAUACAGUGGCCACUUACUUCUGGCCCACAUCAUUGCAAAAUUCGCCAUUCACAAGAAGAUUGUGCUGCAGGUCUUCCACAGCCUGCUGAAGGCCCACACCAUGGAGGCCCGGGCCAUCGUACGGCAGGCCAUGGCCAUCCUGACCCCAGCUGUGCCCGCCCGCAUGGAGGACGGCCACCAGAUGUUGACCCACUGGACUCGCAAAAUCAUUGUGGAGGAGGGACACACUGUACCACAGCUGGUCCACAUACUACAUCUCAUUGUGCAGCACUUCAGGGUGUACUACCCUGUGCGCCACCACCUGGUGCAGCACAUGAUCAGUGCGAUGCAGCGUCUGGGCUUCACCCCCAGUGUGACCAUCGAGCAAAGGAAACUGGCUGUGGACCUGGCUGAGGUGGUCAUCAAAUGGGAGUUACAGAGGAUCAAAGACCAGCAGCCGGAGUCCGAGGCUGAAGUAGGGGCUGGCGGUGAAGGCACUAGCGCUGCUGCUGUGAAAAGAGGACUGUCUCUGGAAGCUGCUGCUGCUGCUGCUGGACAAGACGCCAAGAGGUUCCGCACAGCAUCCGGAGCUGCCUCCGCGGUGUUUGGCCGCAGCCAGUCCAUGCCAGGUACAGAGACCAUGCUCACAAAGCCUGUCGAGAAACAACAUACGGACACUGUGGUCAACUUCCUCAUCAGGAUUGCAUGCCAGGUGAACGACAGCACCAAUGUGGCUGGGUCUCCGGGGGAACUGCUGUCCCGUCGCUGUGUUAGCCUCAUGAAGUCUGCCCUCAGGCCUGACAUGUGGCCUCGCGCCGAGCUCAAGCUACAGUGGUUUGACAAGCUGCUUAUGACAGUGGAGCAGACAGCACAGGCUAACAUCUCUAACAUCUGCACUGGACUGGAGAUUCUCUGCUUCCUGCUGACAGUGCUGCAGUCCCCAGCCAUCCUGGCCCAUUUCAAACCCCUCCAGCGGGGCAUCGCUGCAUGCAUGACCUGCGGCAACACCAAAGUCCUGCGGGCUGUCCAUUCUCUCCUUUCUCGCCUCAUGAGCAUCUUCCCCACUGAGCCUAGCACAUCAACAGUGGCAUCUAAGUAUGAGGAAUUGGAGUGUCUGUAUGCUGCUGUGGGCAAGGUCAUCUAUGAAGGACUUACCAACUAUGAAAAAGCCACAAGCAACACUAACCCCACACAGCUCUUCGGAACACUGAUGAUCCUGAAGUCCGCCUGCAGUUACAAUGCCAGCUACAUCGACCGCCUCAUCUCGGUGUUCAUGCGCUCACUACAGAAGAUGGUGCGGGAACACCUGAGCCCCCAGCAGGCCAACCCAGGGGUCACUGAAACCAGCACAGUGACCAGUGAGCUGGUGAUGCUGAGUCUUGACCUGGUGAAGACUCGACUGUCUGUCAUGAGCAUUGAAAUGAGGAAGAACUUCAUCCAGGUCAUCCUCACUUCGCUGAUUGAGAAGUCACCUGACCCCAAAAUCCUCCGGGCUGUUGUUAAAAUUGUUGAAGAGUGGGUGAAAAACAAUUCUCCCAUGGCUGCGAAUCAGAUGCCUAACAUACGUGAGAAGUCCGUCUUGCUGGUGAAGAUGAUGACCUACAUAGAGAAGCGUUUCCCCGAUGAACUUGAGUUAAACGCCCAGUUCCUGGACCUCGUUAAUUACGUCUACAGGGAUGAGAGCCUUUCAGGAAGUGACAUCACCUCCAAGUUGGAGCCAGCCUUCCUCUCGGGGCUCCGGUGCACUCAGCCACUGAUCAGAGCCAAGUUCUUUGAGGUGUUUGACGCCUCCAUGAAGCGCCGUGUCUAUGAGAGGCUGCUCUACAUCUGCUGCUCUCAGAACUGGGAGGCCAUGGGCAGCCACUUCUGGAUCAAACAGUGCAUAGAGCUGCUGCUGGCAGUGUGUGAGCGAAACACCAUCAUCGGCACCAGCUGCCAGGGAUCCAUGCUGCCUUCCAUCACUAACGUCAUCAACCUGGCUGACAGCCAUGACCGCGCCGCCUUUGCCAUGGCAACGCAUGUCAAGCAGGAGCCGCGUGAGAGAGAGAACAGUGAGACCAAGGAGGAGGAUGUGGAGAUAGACAUAGAGUUAGCACCAGGUGACCAGACUGCCAUCCCCAAGACUAAGGAGCAGGCUGAGAGAGAUGCAGGCAACCAACUGCACAUGCUGACAAACCGCCAUGACAAGUUUCUAGACUCACUACGGGAGGUCAAGACGGGGGCACUUCUGAACGCUCUUGUCCAGCUUUGUCACAUCUCCACACCGCUGGCUGAGAAGACCUGGGUUCAGCUUUUCCCUCGCCUCUGGAAGAUCCUCUCUGACAGGCAGCAGCAUGCUUUGUCAGGAGAAAUGAGUCCUUUCCUGUGCAGUGGCAGCCACCAGGCCCAGAGGGACUGUCAGCCCAGCGCCCUAAACUGCUUUGUUGAGGCCAUGUCCCAGUGUGUGCCUCCUAUUCCCAUCCGCCCCUGUGUGCUGAAGUACUUGGGCAAGACACACAACCUCUGGCUACGCUCCACUCUAAUGCUGGAGCAGCAGGCCUUUGAAAAGGGCCUCAGCCUGCACAGCAAACCCAAGCAGAGCACAGAGUUCUAUGAGCAGGAGAGCAUCACACCACCUCAACAGGAGAUUUUGGACUCCCUAGCAGAGCUCUACUCUCUGCUCCAAGAGGAGGACAUGUGGGCCGGCUUGUGGACGAAGAGGUGCAAGUUCCCUGAGACCGCCACAGCCAUUGCCUACGAGCAGCAUGGUUUCUUUGAACAGGCCCAAGAGAGCUACGAGAAAGCAAUGGAGAAGGCUAGAAAAGAGCACGAGAGGAGCAACGUCUCGCCAGCCAUCUUCCCUGAGUACCAGCUCUGGGAGGACCACUGGAUACGCUGUUCUAAGGAAUUGAACCAGUGGGAACCUCUGACAGAAUACGGCCAAUCUAAAGGCCACUCAAACCCUUAUCUCAUGCUCGAGUGUGCUUGGAGGGUUUCCAAUUGGGCUGCCAUGAAGGAGGCUCUGGUACAGGUGGAGCUGAGCUGUCCUAAGGAGAUGGCGUGGAAGGUGAACAUGCACCGUGGCUACCUGGCCAUCUGCCACCCAGAGGAGCAGCAGCUCAACUUCAUAGAGCGGCUGGUGGAGAUGGCCUCCAGCCUGGCCAUCCGCGAGUGGAGGAGGUUGCCUCACAUCGUCUCCCACGUGCACACGCCACUGCUGCAGGCGGCACAGCAAAUCAUUGAGCUGCAAGAAGCGGCCCAAAUUAAUGCAGGGCUUCAGCCAGCUAACCUGGGCCGCAACACCAGCCUCCACGACAUGAAGACAGUGGUGAAAACCUGGAGGAACCGACUGCCCAUCGUUUCUGAUGACCUGUCCCACUGGAGCAGCAUCUUCAUGUGGCGCCAGCACCAUUACCAAGCCAUAGUGACUGCGUAUGAGACGAACACACAGCAUGAUCCAAACAACAACAAUGCCAUGUUGGGAGUUCAUGCCUCGGCUUCCGCUAUCAUUCAGUAUGGAAAGAUAGGACGCAAACAGGGUUUGGUGAAUGUGGCUCUGGAUAUUCUGAGUCGUAUCCAUACCAUCCCCACAGUGCCCAUUGUUGACUGCUUCCAGAAGAUCCGACAGCAGGUCAAAUGUUAUUUGCAGCUGGCCGGCGUCAUGGGCAAGAAUGAGUGCAUGCAGGGUUUGGAGGUGAUAGAGUCGACCAACCUGAAGUACUUCACCAAGGAGAUGACAGCUGAGUUCUACGCUCUGAAGGGCAUGUUCCUGGCUCAAAUCAACAAGUCAGAGGAGGCCAAUAAGGCCUUUUCGGCAGCAGUACAGAUGCACGAUGUCCUGGUGAAGGCCUGGGCCAUGUGGGGUGACUACCUGGAGAACAUCUUUGUCAAGGACCGCCAGCUCCACUUGGGAGUGUCUGCCAUUACCUGCUACCUUCAUGCCUGCCGCCAUCAAAACGAGAGCAAGUCUCGCAAAUACCUAGCAAAGGUGUUGUGGCUACUCAGCUUUGAUGACAAGAACACCCUGGCAGAUGCUGUGGACAAGUACUGCAUUGGAGUCCCGCCUAUCCAGUGGUUGGCAUGGAUACCGCAGCUCCUGACCUGCCUGGUCGGUUCAGAAGGAAAACCUCUGCUCAACUUAAUCAGCCAGGUGGGACGAGUGUACCCCCAGGCUGUCUACUUCCCUAUCCGCACCCUUUACCUGACGCUCAAGAUCGAGCAGAGGGAGCGCUACAAAAGUGAUGCAUCUGGACAACAGCAGCCCAGUUCAGUGGGGGCCCAGCCUCACUCAGCGGCCUCUGACCCGGGGCCUAUCCGGGCCACUGCCCCGAUGUGGCGCUGCAGCCGGAUCAUGCACAUGCAGCGUGAGCUACACCCCACUUUGCUCUCCUCCCUGGAGGGCAUCGUGGACCAGAUGGUGUGGUUCAGGGAGAACUGGCAUGAAGAGGUGAGAAGAACAAAGGUGCUGCUUAAAUGUGUGUUUGACUUUGUUGCUACGUCUGUGCUCACGCAGCCAGGCAUCGCCGGGGCUUCUGCGUCGCAGGGUGCCUGCCGACCAUCGCUACCCAGCUGUCCCCACACCGACGUGGGAGCAGGGUCGACAGAGACUGAAACCACACAAGCCUUCCAGAGCGGAACAAACAGGGUUUACAGAGCUGCUGAGCAGCCAAGCUCCCAUUCCCCGAACCACUUUUUCUCUUUGCCCCUACCAGACUUUGACUUUAGCGUGCCAGGCUCCAUGAAGCUUCACAAUUUGAUCUCCAAGCUGAAGAAGUGGAUCAAGAUCCUGGAGGCCAAGACUAAGCAGCUGCCCAAGUUCUUCCUCAUUGAAGAGAAAUGUCGCUUCCUCAGCAACUUUUCUGCACAGACGGCUGAGGUGGAGAUCCCUGGGGAAUUCCUCAUGCCCAAACCUACGCACUAUUACAUCAAGAUUGCAAGGUUCAUGCCCAGAGUGGAAAUUGUUCAGAAACACAAUACAGCAGCACGCCGUCUCUAUAUCCGCGGCCACAAUGGCAAGAUCUACCCUUACCUGGUGAUGAACGAUGCUUGCCUGACCGAGUCGCGCCGAGAGGAGAGGGUCCUGCAACUUCUCCGCCUCCUCAACCCCUGUCUGGAGAAGAGAAAGGAGACCACCAAGAGACACCUCUUCUUCACUGUGCCCCGAGUGGUGGCAGUGUCACCUCAGAUGCGGCUGGUAGAAGACAACCCUUCAUCUCUGUCAUUGGUGGAAAUCUACAAACAACGUUGUGCCAAGAAGGGCAUCGAACAUGACAACCCCAUUUCCAGAUAUUAUGAUCGUCUGGCCACUGUGCAGGCCAGAGGCACACAGGCUAGCCACCAGGUCCUGCGCGACAUCCUGAAGGAGGUGCAGGGGAACAUGGUGCCUCGCAGCAUGCUGAAGGAGUGGGCACUCCACACCUUCCCUAACGCCACCGAUUACUGGACCUUCCGGAAGAUGUUCACCAUCCAGCUGGCCCUCAUAGGUCUGGCCGAGUUUAUGCUCCACCUCAACAGGCUCAACCCCGAGAUGCUACAGAUAGCACAGGACACUGGAAAGCUGAACGUCUCCUACUUCCGCUUUGACAUCAACGACGCCACGGGCGACCUGGACGCUAACCGUCCUGUUCCAUUCCGCCUGACGCCAAACAUCUCAGAGUUCCUGACCACCAUUGGUGUCUCCGGCCCACUCACCGCCUCCAUGAUUGCCGUGGCACGAUGCUUCGCACAGCCAAACUUUAAGGUGGACGGCAUCCUGAAGGCAGUCCUCCGCGAUGAGAUCAUUGCGUGGCACAAGAAGACCCAGGAGGACACGUCCAUGCCUCUGUCCCCGGCCGGCCAACCAGAGAACAUGGACUCCCAGCAGUUGGUGUCAUUGGUCCAGAAGGCCGUCACGGCCAUCAUGACCCGCCUCCACAACCUGGCUCAGUUCGAGGGUGGAGAGAGUAAGGUCAACACGCUGGUGGCUGCAGCAAACAGCCUGGACAAUCUGUGUCGCAUGGACCCAGCCUGGCACCCCUGGCUCUGAGGAUACCCAGAGGAAAAGAUGAGGGGACACAAUGGAGGAGAACGACAAGGAUGGGAUGCAGGGAAAGAAAACGUGUUUUUGUUACGUAUCUGACAAACACACAGUUUGCGAAGUGGAAUCAGGUGGAAACAAAGGCCCUGGCUGUCACAUUGAUAGUCUGAAUAGGGCUUGCCAGUAUCCAUAAUAGUUAUAACUGGACUGCUAAAAUCUUUUUAUCAAACCACAAUUUCUCCUUCAAGUUAUAUUUAUUUUUAUAACUAAAUGACAGGGACUCUAUGUGUGAUGCCAGUUGCCCCUGUCUCACACGAAGACAGUCUAAAUAUUUGUGUAGGUCUCAUAAUGAGCCACACUCGUGUUUAUGGGAGUAUUUUUAUUUAAGAGAUGAGAAAAUGUUCUGUUGUUUGCUUUAGCUAUGUCUGUGUUGUAUUUCGCCUGCAUCAAGAGCUCACGAUUUUUACACUUACAUUUUUGCCCUCUAAAACAGCCGUUUGUUCUCCUCAAAUUUAUAUUUUUAUUUAACAUUUUUAUUAGUCAAAUGAGGAAUUUUGUGUUCCUGUGAAACAGAUGAUGCUCUUUAAUUUUUUGACCCACUGCCUAAACUUUAUUAGUAACAUGUUUGACUCAUCCAAAAGCCAUUUUACUUCCUAUUUCUUUUGUCUGUCCAUCAGCCCUGUUGUAAUGUAACAAAGUAAAACGUCCGGGCGAAUUGACACUGUAAUAAGCUACAGCUGCAAUGCAAAUAUGUCCUCCCCUUUUUGUAAAGGUACAAUGCUUUUUUCAACACAAGUAUUAUCUCUUGCCUUGUAAAUAAGCAUUUUGUUUUAAUAAAAUGCUCUUUUUUUUUAAAAUACA